AUGAGCGGCUUCACCAAAUUUCGCGCUGGCCUUACAGCCGCCGGCUGCGCUGCCAUCAUUUUCACAGGCGCCACCUAUGGCGCAGGCUUGAAGACACAAAAGGAAUGGAAAGAGGAACGACAAAGCUUCUGGGAGUCUCCGUACGAUGAGCAAAUUUCUCUCUUGCAGGGCCAGCGUGGCCGGUUAGUUACAGAGCGCCGGAAGUGGGAAAGAAAGCUCGAGUAUCUGGAUGAGAGGAUAAAAGAGGGGGAGGCUAAGAAGCCAGAAGGAUGA